AUGGGAUUAUGCUGUUCGACCAUUGAAGUUGGUUAUAUAAUUUAUACAUAUCGUAUACAAUGCUAUUGUGUUGGUUUAUGGUGUUCUGCAGGUUUUCUAUUAAUUGGUACACUUGCUAUGGGAUUAUAUCAUUAUGAAUCAGUUCCAUCAGCAUCAUUAAUGUUAUUUUGUGUAAUGUGUGACUUAUUAUUUGGCAUAGUUAUGCCACUGAUUGCAAUUCCUUUUACAAUUAAGUGUGGUAAAUUAAAUGCUUUUUAUUAUCCAAUCACAAUGAUCUGCAUACUAGUUGGAUUAAUAAGUAUUGUACAUAUAUUUUUUGUAACAAGAGAACUGUUAAAAUUACGACGACAAUUCUAUCGUGAAGGAUAA